AUGCCCACAUUGCGCCUCUCUGGCAAAUCCGUCUUUCUUCGCUCCAUCGACAACCCCGCCGAUUGCAAACAGUAUACUGGCCACACUUCCCAGGCCACGGUAGCUCGAUUUUCGCCGAGCGGGUUCUACGUCGCGAGCGGCGAUGCGGCCGGGACAGUCCGCGUGUGGGAUGCCGUGGAAGCUGUGAACACCAAGGGCGAGUACCACAUCAUUUCUGGGCGCAUCAACGAUGUCGCCUGGGAUGGCGACUCGCAAAGGAUCAUUGCUGUCGGCGACGGCCGAGAGCGCUUUGGCCACUGCAUUACGGCCGACAGUGGAAACUCGGUCGGUGAAGUCACCGGCCACUCCAAGGUUGUCAACGCUGUCGCUAUCCGCCAGCAGCGGCCUCUUCGCGCCGCCACCGUGUCGGACGACGGCAGCAUGUGCUUCCUUCACGGAGCGCCCUUCAACCAGCUCGUAACUGUGGGCGCUGACAAGAAAAUCCAAUUCUACGACGGAAAGACUGGCGAGGUCACGUUCUCUAUCGGCGAGGGAGAGCACACGGGGAGCAUAUUUUCGGUCUCGUGGUCCCAGGACGGCAAGAAGUUGGUUACCGCGAGCGCUGACCAGACGGUCAAGCUUUGGGAUGUUGAAGCGCAAAGGCUGAUCCAGUCCUGGAGGCUCGGUCCCGAAGGCGCCGUUAGCAUUGCCGACCAACAAGUUGGCGUCGUGAUCCCCACGGCCGGACCGAUGCCGAGCAGGGUCAUCCAAGGACACAACAAGGCCGUGACCGCGCUUGGUGCCGGCUCCGAUGGCAAAGGGAGAACCUUGUGGACCGGCAGCUUCGACGGGCGCGCCCUUCAUUGGGACAUUGUGUCUGGAGAGGGCACCGCCGUGGAUGGACAAUCCCACUCCAACCAAGUUGUAAAGUUCGCCCCCGGUACCGGCCGUACCUACAGCGCCGGCUGGGAUGACACCCUCAGGACCAUUGAUGAAGCCUCCCAAACUUUUAUCGGUUCUGCCGUAAAGCUUUCCGCCCAGCCCAAGGAUCUGGCAUCUGGAAACGGGCGUGUAUACGUCGCCACGGUCGCCGGUAUCGCCACCUAUGAUGAUGGCAAACUAGUCAAGGAAGUAGCUCUGGGCUACGCCCCGACCGCAGUCGCGGCGCACGGCUCGUACGUCGCCGUCGGUGCCGACGAAAACCGCGUUCUCGUUUACAAGGCAUCGUCUGAUGGAUCUCUCGAUCAGAUCCAUGCCCUUACCAAGUCAACCUCCCAAAUCUCCACCCUCGCCUUCUCCAAGGAUGGCGUCCACCUCGCCGCCGGCAACGCCAUUGGAAAGAUUUUCGUGUACAAGACCUCGGGUAGUUGGGAAGUUGCUACGGAUAGGUGGUCUGCCCACACGGCGCGCGUCACGACCAUUGCUUGGAACGACGAGGGCACUCAUGCGGCCAGCGGCGCGCUUGAUACCAACAUUCACGUGUGGAGCUUGGCUAAGCCGGGUAGCCGAGUCAAGGCCGGCAACGCGCACAAGGACGGUGUCAACGGCCUCGCCUGGAUCGAGGGGAAACUCGCCAGUUCUGGAGGUGACGCGGCUGUUAAAAUUUGGAACGUCAAGCUACAGUAG